AUAGUUUGCAGACGAAGUUUUUCCAAUAUAAUUUAAAAUAAUCAUCAUGACAGAGAUUGGAGAAUCACAAAAUGCAUACACCACUGUAGCUCUUUUCAGAGCAGGAAACCGUACCCUGAAACAAGAUUUUUUUGAAAGGCCAGUUGGAGCUGACAUAUUUUGUGAGUUUUUGGAGGUGGCAAUACACUGUAUACUUUAUACAAGAGAUCUUUACCCUGCUGGAGUGUUUGAAAAGAAAAAGAAAUUCAAUGUUCCUGUCAAAAUCUGUGUCCAUCCAGAUGUUUUGUCAUAUGUUACCAAUACAGUUGAUAGCAUUCGUCUGUUACUUAAAGAAAAUGCUGUUUUCAAGGUGACAAUUGUAGUUGUUACCCCUGACCACAAGCCUGCAGAAAGAUUUGUAUUUGAAGUAGCCAAUCCAACACAAAAUAUAGGCAAUGAUAAAUAUUUGUAUCGUCUAGAAGAGUCACUGAGAGGAUUCCUGUUAAAACUCAGCAUUACAGAGUCUCUAUUAAAACCUUUACCUGAAGACUGUACAUGGACUGUACAAGUAUAUACCAGAGAGUCAGCUGCUUUAGCCAUUGAACAAAAACAACAUCUUAAGGAUUUCCCAUGGAUUCUGGCAGAUGAAAGAGAGACAACUUUGGAAGAUGCAAAAAUGAUUCCAUUAAAAGCUGUAAAUUCAGAUUACUUACAGAUGCAGUUAUAUGCAGAAGAAAGUUCAAUAAAAUAAUGCAGAAGUCAUACAGAAGGGUGUCAAAAGUACAACCCAAUCGCUUUGUAUGUGAAAACCAGAUUCAUACUGUAUAGCUACAAUACUAUGUAGAAAAACUGUUUUUCUGGUUUUGAUGAUAAAUGGGCAAAAUUGCAGUGAUAAACAGUUUUCUCCUAGCAUUCAUAUGUAGAAAGAUCUGAAACUUGCCAAUACGGUUCCACUGUACAUUAUUAUGAAGAUCAUGGCAAUGUAAGAGACAUUCUAUUAUGAAACAAAUUGUCUAUUUGAGAGUGGAUGACAAAUUCAUAAUAAAAGACUUCAUUAUCA